CGCUUUGAUGGUCGGCGAUCAACAAGGGAGUUGAAGACGGGGGGUAUAUAUUUGAGUGAGCAGCUCGGGUAUCAACAUUGAUUUUCACCAGACCUUCUCACACUCUUUGGCAGGGAAAGUGUUGGUGUUUUGGAGGGGUUGAUCAUUCGGGAAGGCACUUACACGCGCUGACUUACACGCAUUCAACACCAUCACCACCACCGACACAGCAACAACCACCCAAAAUGGGCGUCAAAUCCCACCGCUGGGACCCAACAACAUGGCGUCUCAAAGACUUUGUCAACCUCGACGAGAUCGGCCCUCGGAUGUGGACUUCUUUCAAGGAGAACUGGUACAUGGGGUUCACCUCUUUUGGUGGCCCGCCGGUGCAUUUCAAGAUUUUCCACGAUAAAUACGUCUCCAAACUCUCCUGGAUCGACGAGACAGUCUACCAAGAACUCUUCUCCAUCUGCCAAGCCUUCUCCGGCCCCGGCUCGACAAAAAUGCACUACUGCAUCAACCUCCUCCGCCUCGGCUUUCCCCCCGCCGUCCUCUCCUUCUUCCUUUGGUCGCUCCCCGGUGCGUUGGGGAUGUUUGGUCUCGCGAUUGGUAUCUCCAACGUUGGAGAAACACUUCCCCGUGCGGUUUAUGCGUUGCUAUCUGGCCUCAACGCGGCUACUGUUGGGAUUAUUGCUCUGGCGGCUGUGCAAUUGGCGCAAAAGGCUAUUACGGACAAGCUGACGAGGUUGUUGGUUUAUUUGGGCGCGGCGGCCGGGUUGUUGUACAAUGCUCUAUGGUACUUUCCCGUUUUGAUGCUGGCGGCGGGGGUGGUGGCUGUGGUGUGGGAUUUUAGGUGGUUGCAUGGGCCGGUUUUGUGGGUUGUGAGCAAGGUGAAGAAGGGGAAGGUCAGGGAUGAGGAGAGGGAGGUGGAAUUGAGGGAGCAACGAGUGCCGGGGGGUUCGGGGGCGGAGAGGGAGGUUGUGAGGGAGGAAGAUGGGAAGGGGACCAGGGAGAGGGUUUCAACCGGGGGUGAUAAUGCGGACGGGCAGUCGCAACAGCAGCUCAGACGGGAGGAGGAAGAGGCAGAGGAGAGGGUUGUGCCGAGGAGCCACCAGAUCAGCGUCAUGUCCUGGAAGUCAGGGCUGGCGCUGAUUGUGGCUUUUCUGGCGUCGUUUGUCGCGGUUAUGCUCACUCGUGGCCUCAUCCCGGCGAACCCGUUGCUGUAUAGGCUGUUUAGCAACCUCUACCUGGCGGGUACGAUUAUUUUUGGGGGCGGGCCGGUGGUUAUCCCGCUGUUGAGGGAGUAUAUCGUUGCGGAGAAUUGGGUUUCCCCUAGAGACUUCUUGAUUGGGCUGGCGCUUAUCCAGGGGUUUCCGGGGCCGAAUUUCAACUUUGCUGUUUACUUGGGUACCCUCACGGCGAUUAAUGGGGGGUAUUCUGGGGUGCUGGGAGGGUUUUUGGGUUUCUUGGCGAUCUUCCUGCCUGGGUUGUGGACUGUUCAUGGGACCAUGGGUCUUUGGAGUGCGAUUAGGGGGUGGAGGUGGGUGAAGAGCUCGUUGAGGGGUGUGAAUGCUGCUGCUGUUGGGCUGAUUUACACGGCCGUGUAUCGACUGUGGCAGAUUGGGUGGAUUGAUGAGGGGUUCAGUCAGGGGAAGAGUUUGGCGGAUGAUCCUUGGUGGGUGGUUGUUACGGCGGGAAGCUACGUGGGUGGUGCUUGGUUUGGGGUUGAGCCGCCGGUAGCGUGUAUCUUUGGGGCUGUGUUGGGGUUGGUGAGGUAUGGGGUUGUUGAGGCCCAGGGGUAUUGAGUGGUGACCACUUUGGAGAGGUAAUGUAAUUGGCACACUCGGGAAAUGGUCACAGUAAUGAGGUUUGUCAGGAUAGUUAGCUUCUAGAAUAUAUGCAAUGAGGCUACAUGUGGGUGUUUCGUCACGAUAACCGAAACGCUCUCACCCUGUGUUGUCUGGCUAUUCUCAAUCCCACUGAAGUUGCUCUUCCUCAGUCACACAUCUCAC